GACCUGCUCGGUCGACCAAGUUUCCUCCUUCUCAGGCCUCAAACUUGACUCACCAUCAUUUUCCUCAGAUCCAUUUGCGGAGUCAUCGUACCCCAGAUCGUUGCACUUCGGAUCGGGAUACUGCCGCGGAGAUCGAUAGUUCGCAUCAUCGCCACCACCAGAAGCAGCUGGUGGUCUGAUUAUUUGGACUCAACUUCUAACCAGAAUGGGAAAUUGUUCAGGAAAAAAAGGUGGAGGGGGUGAUCUUGAAGAUGAGAUAAACUUCAGAGGUGGAAAUGUGCAUGUAAUAACUUCAAAGGAAGGCUGGGACCAAAAAGUUUCGGAAGCAAACAAGGAUGGGAAGAUAGUUAUAGCAAAUUUUAGUGCAGGUUGGUGUGGCCCAUGCAGAGCGAUGGCACCGGUGUAUAUGGAGCUGUCUGAGAAGUAUCUUUCACUGAUGUUUUUGUCGAUAGAUGUCGAUGAGUUAACAGAAUUUAGUUCGUCGUGGGAUAUCCAUGCGACUCCAACAUUCUUGUUCCUGAAAGAUGGGCAACUGCUGGAUAAGCUCAUAGGUGCCAACCGAUCUGACCUGGAGAAGAAGAUAAUCAUGUUUGUUGAUUCCUGCUCCAAAAAUUCAAAUCUAUAAUGCCAAGUCCCUGCACUCUAAAUCUUUUCUGUCAAAACAAUUGUCAGCUUAUCCGCCAUGAGAAAACACAUCUGUACCAUGAACUCCUUUUGUUCUAUGAAUUGCGUCAGUCGUGGUUUUCAAAAUGACCUCUCUUCCUCGCCA